AUGCCUAAAGUAAAAAGUAAAUCAAUUACCAGAAAUUAUUUUGAAAAGAUUGAUAAUGUUAGUGCAAAGUGUAAGCUAUGCGCUAAAGUGAUCAAAGUUGGAGGAGGAACUUCGAAUAUGUUGGCACAUAUUAAGAGAAACCAUCCUCAGGCUACAGUGGAGGUGGAUCGAGGUCAAGUGGGUGAUCAGCCAGGUGCCACACAGGCACAGGAAACAUCUACUAGCACGACACAAGAAAAACCAACGGAUACUCCGCGCCCCAUAUUUCAGACUACUCUGAAAAUGACCGCAUCAAGUAGCAAAAAGAAAAUCGAUAAAUAUUUGACUAUGAUGAUCGCCACGGACUUUCAGCCGUACUCAAUUGUUGAAGACAAGGGUUUUAGGAAGCUGGUUGAAGCAUUGAAUCCAAGCUAUAAACUACCAAGUAGACAGAGGAUCAGGUAUGACCUAAUGCCAGAACUUUACCAAUGCGCAAAGUUACAGCUUGCUAGCAUGCUUGAAAAUAUUAAGAAUCUUGCACUCACUGCUGAUAUGUGGUCGAAUCAAAACAUGGAUUGUUUCCUUACUGUCACAAUACAUUUUUUUAACCAAAACAUUUUAAAAAGCUACGUAUUAACUACAUGUGAUGUUCCAACUUCACACACAGGCGAAAAUUUUGCUGAAAUUAUGACAGAUUUACUAACAGAAUGGAAAAUAUUACGAAAAAUUUCUGCUAUUGUUACUGAUAAUGGUAUUAACAUGGUGAAGAUGUGUAAUUUGCUGGGAAUACGGCACAUGCCGUGUUUUGCCCAUACGCUUAAUUUAACUUUGGACGAUUCUAUGAAGCUUUCUCAGGUGGAGGACAUAACUAACAAAUGUAAAGCCGUAGUGAAUUUUUUUAAGAAAUCAUCUGUAGGUUGGCGAGCGCUAAAAUUAGCUCAGAAAGAAAGAAACCCCGAUUCUACUCCUUUGAAGUUGAUACAAGAAGUAUCUACAAGAUGGAACAGCACAUUCUACAUGAUGAAGAGAAUACUACAGCUAAGUGACAUUCUCGCAUUGGUGUGUAGGAAAUUAGAUCAGGCGCCAGACUACUUAACUGCUUCCGAAGAAGAAGCAGGGAGAGAAGUUAUCAACAUUUUGGAAAUAUUCGAGGAAGCUACAAAACUCGUCAGCGCUGAUCAAUAUCCAACUAGUUCACUAGUUAUUCCGUUAAUAUGUGGACUAUUUGAAAAAUUGAACACAAUAGAAAUUUGCCUAACAACAGAUAUAGGCAAGAUGUUUCACUCAUCAGUGAGGCGAAACAUAAGUAGCAGACUCUUGGCAUAUGAGACAAGAACUGUAUCCCAAAUGGCUACAUAUUUACAUCCAGUAUUAAGAACAGGAUUCCGUCACCCGGAGAACAUGCAGUCGGCUAAAGAGUUAGUCAGGAAAGAAUUAUCCCAUAACUUAAAAGAUUGUGCCGAUAGCUCUAUGCCAUCGACUUCGGAGCAGCCAGGUAGUAGCACAGAACAGAAAAAACCUGGACUGCUAGACUUCAUAAAACAAAGAAGACCCAAUACUAAUUUAACUGCUUCUGCAGUUAAUAUUUUACGAAUGUAUUUGGAGACAGAUCCACAAAAUGAAGAAGCCGAGAUCACAAAAGCAGCUGAAAGUGCGGGAGCUUUUUGGUCCAGCAACAAACACUUGGCGCCAUUAAAUACAAUAGCGCUAAAGUAUUUAGCUAUACCAGCCACAUCGGUACCUUCAGAGAGGAUGUUCUCUAAAUCAGGAUAUGUAUUGUCCUCUAGAAGGAGCAGGCUACAAGCAGAUGCUGUGGACCAAAUUUGUUUCAUAAACCAAAACUACGAUUUGUUAGAAACAGGCAAAGUAUAA